AUGCCAGGAGUUCCGCCCCGCAGUCCAACCGCCAACCCGGUGCCCUACAGGGCAGCCCAGCCAGAAGGACCCAGGCCUGCAAAUCGCCACUGCCCUCAGCAGGCACAGGCAGACCUGGAAGCGCCAACUAGGCCGGCCAGCGAGCAGCUCUCCACCACCAUGUUCCUGCCUGCUGGCCUUACUCUCAAACUGCAUCUGCAAGGUUUCGACCUGCUGCUGGAGCGCGAGCCCGAUUCGGUCAUGACAGUGAUACUCCCUGGACACACCAUCAUCGUGGUGCCCGAGCAUCUCCAGGACUCCUACCAGCCUGGACAGCCUGGCUUCUUGCCAGCCAGCCAGCAGGAGGCCGCUCUCCUGGAAAUGCCCCAGGACCACCAGGUCAUCCUCCAGCGGGAAUCCUCCAGCACAUGUGUAGCAGACACCCAAGGCUCGAGAAACCCGCCUAUCCCAGAGGAAGACAAUCAAGGAGGUUUAGGCGACUUCCUGAGGCCUAUGCCGUGGAUGAAUGCUCCAGCCGGCAUGGUCCCUGCGAUGCUUCUCCCCUUCACUGGGAUGUCAAGCCCCUUGUUCCCGGGCCAAGUGCCAUGUUCCUGGGGCCCAUCAGCCUCUCCUGGUGCAGAGAGAUAUGCUCCCAGCACCAUCUGGAGCCUCAAAGGGAGCAUGCUGUGGCCUCUCCCCAGCUCACCACUGCAGCCUCUCCCUCCAUCUCCUCCUCCUCCUCCUCCUCCUCCAAGUUACCAGGCACAGGACCCUCAGAGUCGUCAGAAGCUCUGGCGCCCUCGGUGCAAGGCCCGGAGGCGUCUCUUCUAG